CUGGAUAGAUAUUAUAUUAACCUCUAUGCCUACUUUACGCAAUGUGCUACGUAGUUUAGCGUUAAGAGGCUCCGUAAGGUGCUCUUCUUUCUCUCUAAUCCCAACGAGGUUACAGACAUUACCGCAGUGACUUACAGGGGCCCUCAGUAUAAUAUAUGUUUAACAUAUGUUUAAUGUAUAUUAUACUUGGAUUACGGCAUAGGCCUUACUUAAGUUGGACAUAUGUUGAACUUUUGCCCAUACCUUAGGUGUUGUACCUGGUCGGGCAAAAUCUCUCCAGAACCCCUGUGCAUGAUCUCAAGGCACUCGGCGGUGGGUCAUAUGUCUCUUGAGCACAUCUGGUGGAAGCGACACUAGCUAGGCGCUUGUGUAUAAAUAGUCAAAGAGUCUAGAAAUGCCCACGGCGAUGCUGCUGCAGAACACCCUGGCGAAGAAUCCGGUGAAAAUUCUGACCAAUGUCACUGAAGCCACUGCUGCCGUUGGUGAAGGUGGUCCCAAGAAGCUUAAGAAGAACAAGGCUCCCACCGCCCAGAUUGAACCUCAUCAGUUCUCAUAUCCCUUUUUUUUCCAAACAACAACUACCCAAAGGGCGAAGAAGUCGAACACAUGGACGAGAAUCGGUAUCGCACUACCGAUGAAGAGAAGCGCCAUCUGGACAAAGUCAACAGCGACCUCCUCUCUAAUUACCGCCAGGCGGCGAGAUGCCAAUGGUAUUAAGGAUAGUAUGCAUCGUCUGGUCGGACACGAUGGCUUAUCCGAAGGCGAUGCUAUUGUUGCUGGCUGUCAGGUUACGGCCUGGACCGAAGGCGAUAGUACAGAGUGAAGGGGAGAAAUAGGCGUGUUCCCCUGGUGGUCACCUGGUGAUCACUGGUGGUCACUUGAUGAUGGCAGGUAGGGGUGUCCACAGUAGU